AUGCAACCGGAAAAUAGAAAUAUUGAACAUGAACCAUCAGAUCAAGCACAAUUUGCCAAUUCCAUUACCACGGCAGAAAAAAUCAAUGAUUUAGUAUUGAAUAUAAUUUUAACCGAUUUACAGCCGUUUUCAAUUAUAUCAGACUGUGGAUUUCAAAAGCUUGUGAAUGAAUUGGAACCAUCAUAUGUAUUACCCAGCAGGCCUACUUUCAGCAAAUCGCUUAUUCCUGCAAAAUACGACGAAAAAUGUGAAAAACUGAAAAAACUCCUUGAAACUGCUGAGCAUAUAAUGUUAAGCACUGAUGGCUGGACCUCAAUGAACAUGGAAGGCUACAAAGCUGUUACGGCGCAUUUCAUAACGAAGGAUUAG